CCCCGGUCUCUGGUAAUCAGAGCUCGCCGAUUCCGCUGUAAUCAAGAAAUCUGAAUCCAAGCGCUCGGAAGUGCCAAGUUGGCACCACUUCGCAUUCUCCUCUCGGCUAUGUGGUCCAACAAGCACGGCGAGUCGCUGGGUCUGUUCCCGGGUCGUAAGACGCUCGGCCCGCUAUUCCUCAUGACGGCCACGCCCGUGGCCGCUACGCUCAUCACGCACGUGUUCGUGGCCCACGGCGGAUCGGUCGGCUCGUUCCUCGCGUCAGGGAAAUCGCUGGUCGAGGUCUGGCCGACGCCCUGGGAUCCCACGGCCUGGAAACUCAUCGGUAGCUUUAUGGCCACGCAACUCGUGCUUAUGCGCAUGGUGCCUGGGCGGCCGUCGUACGGGCCCGUGACGCCUGGCGGUAAUGUACCCGAGUACAAGGCCAACGGCUUCCAGUGCUUCGCUCUGAGCUUGGCUCUGUUCCUGUCCGGUGCAUUCGUAUUCGACCUGUACCCAGGAGGAAUCGUGUACGACUACAUGCCGGAGAUUAUCUCGGCGCUCAACGUCUUCAGCUUCAUCUUCUGCCUCUUCCUGUACGUCAAAGGAGCCUUCCUAUGGCAGUCCUCAAGUGACUGCGGAACGUCUGGCAACCCCAUUUUCGACUUCUACUGGGGCACGGAGCUAUACCCCCGGGUACUGGGCUGGGACGUCAAGCUCUUCACCAAUUGUCGCUGUGGCCUCAUGUUCUGGGCUGUGGGCGUGCUCUCCUACGCGUGUAAACAACGCGAGCUCUACGGAUACCUGAGUGACUCCAUGGCCGUGAGUGUUGCGCUGCAGCUCGUGUACGUGGCCAAGUUCUUCUGGUGGGAGGCCGGCUACAUGUGCAGUAUCGACAUCAUGCACGACCGCGCGGGCUACUAUCUCUGCUGGGGUUGCCUAGUAUGGGUUCCCUCUGUCUACACCUCGCCGGCCAUGUACCUCGUGCAGAACCCCAUCACCUUGGGUACGCCGUUGGCCCUGGCAAUCUUCAUUACCGGCGUCCUCAUGGUGGUGAUCAACUACGACGCCGAUCGCCAGCGUCAAAGCUUCCGUGCAGCCAAUGGCAAGACGAAUGUGUGGGGACAUCCGGCCGAGUUCAUUGUAGCUCGCUACGAGACUGAGAAAGGUGAGAAGAAGGAGAGUUUGCUGCUCACGUCUGGUUGGUGGGGGCUGUCUCGCCACUUCCACUAUGUGCCCGAGGUGCUGGCCGCCGUCUCCUGGACGAUCCCAGCACUCGCUUCAAGCCCGGCCCCCUACUUCUACUCGAUCUUCCUCGCCAUCUUACUCACGGAUCGAGCUUAUCGCGACGACGCCCGUUGCGCACACAAAUAUCGCCAGGACUGGAAGAAAUACUGCGAGCGUGUGCCCUCACUCAUUCUACCUAAACUCCUGUAGGACACUACAUUUUUUCUUUAGAAAAUUCAACGACGGUCAUGUUACAGCUACGAUUGCUCAACCACCUUUCUCAAACUUUUAUCUGGUUAUUUCUUUCUUCAUCAAGAUGAAGGAAAAAGACUUAAAGU